CGCGCCGCCCUUCGUGCCGGGUGCGCGCGGCGCCGCUGCUCGGCGGGGCCGGUAUCCGCCCGGCAGCGCGGUCCGUCGGGCCGCCAUGGGGAAGAAACACAAGAAGCACAAGUCGGACAAGCAUCCCUACGAGGAGUACGUAGAGAAGCCGCUGAAGCUGGUGCUGAAAGUUGGAGGGAACGAAGUUGCCGAACUGUCCACGGGAAGCGCGGGGCUCGAUGCCAGUCUGUACGAGGACAAAUCCGAGCAUGAAAAGCACAAGGACAGAAAAAGGAAAAAGAGGAAGAAGGGAGAAAAACAAGUUCCUGGAGAAGAGAAGGAGAAAAGAAAGAGAAAAGUUAAGGAGGAUAAAAGGAAACGCGAUCGAGAACACCCAGACAGUGAGGGAGAGCAGGAACUGAAAUGUCAGACCCCUAUCAGAUUGGAAUUAUCACCAGAGAAACCAUUAACGAGUACUUUAUCAAAACAGGAAGAGGUGGAGCAGACACCACUUCAGGAAGCUCUGAAUCAACUCAUGAGACAGCUACAGAGAAAAGAUCCAAGUUCUUUCUUUUCAUUUCCUGUGACUGAUUUUAUUGCCCCUGGCUACUCCAUGAUCAUUAAAAAUCCAAUGGAUUUUAGUACUAUGAAAGAGAAGAUCAAGAACAAUGGGUACCAGUCCAUAGAAGAAUUAAAGGAUAACUUCAAAUUGAUGUGUACUAAUGCAAUGACAUACAACAAACCAGACACCAUUUACUACAAAGCUGCAAAAAAACUGCUGCACUCAGGGAUGAAGAUACUUAGCCAGGAGAGGAUUCAGAGCCUGAAACAAAGUAUAGAAUUCAUGGCAGAUCUGCAGAAGACGAGGAAACAGAAGGACAAGGUAGAACUGCAGCUAAGUGGAGAAGAUGAAAGUGGUUCUGGAAAAGACAAAGGAGAACCUGUGGACGGUGAUACCAAAGCUUUCAAAACACCUAACAAGGAACACAAAAAGAAGGACAAAGAUCUACUUGAAGACAAAUUAAGAAUCAAUAGCUUGGAAAGGGAACAAGAGCAGAUUGAUCGUAUUGUUAGAGAAUCUGGAGGAAAGUUAACAAGACGACUUGCAAACAGCCAGUGUGAAUUUGAAAGAAGAAAGCCAGAUGGUACAACAACUCUGGGCCUUCUUAAUCCAGUUGAUCUUACUGCAGGAGAACCAGGUUACUGCCCUGUGAAGCUGGGUAUGACAGCAGGAAGACUUCAGUCAGGAGUUAAUACAUUACAAGGGUUCAAAGAAGAUAAAAGAAACAAGGUUACUCCAGUGACAUACUUGAACUAUGGACCCUACAGUUCGUAUGCUCCAACAUAUGAUUCUACAUUUGCCAACAUCAGCAAAGAAGAUUCUGACUUAAUCUAUUCAACCUAUGGGGAGGACUCUAAUCAGGGAUCAUUCAGUAUUCAUGAAUUUUUGAUGAAAUCGCAAGAUUAUCCUUUCUUAAUGGCUGAUAGCUUGCUUGAUGUUCUAACUAAAGGAGGACAUUCAAGAUCUCUCAGAGAACUAGAAACGCCCCUGGAGGAAGAUGAAGGGCCUCAUGAAAGAAGUGAUGCAUUAAAAGAGAUAAUGGAAAUUGAUAUCGCUGCAAGAUUGGAUUCUGCUAAUAAUGACAGACUUACAGCCCUAAAAGCUGUUACAAACUUUGGCAUGCCUAUGGAAGAGUUUGAUUCUGAGGAGGCUGAAAUCUUCCAGAGGAAACUUGAUGAAACAACAAAGCUUCUGAGAGAACUUCAGGAUGCUCAAAAUGAACGACUAAGUACAAAACCACCCCCUAAUAUGAUUUGUCUUCUGGGUCCGUCUUACAGAGAGAUGCACUUGGCGGAGAGAGUAACCAACAAUCUGAAGGAACUGGCACAACAAGUGACCCCAGGUGAUAUUGUUAGUACAUACGGAAUCCGGAAAGCAAUGGGAAUUUCAAUUCCAUUACCUGAUACAGAGGACAGUGGGGUAGAUUUGACAGAUGAGUUUCAAGAACCCAAAAAGACUGUCACCAUCACUGAAAACGAAUGUGGUCCAGUUACAGUCUGAAGUGUCAGUUAAGUUUACAGGUGUUUGUUUGAUUCUAUUUAAGAACCAGAUAAACGUCCUUCAGGUGCAUUCACUGGGCAUGUGUAUAUUGUGUGUUAAAGAAACUACUUUUGUUUAUUAAAUUUUGGAACUGAUGAUUUUUGAAAUUGAGUUGUUUGUAUUAGAAUUUCUUCUGCUUCAUAAAUGCACUUACUAUUCUUUUGCCAUUCCUUAUUAUUUUAUAGGACUUCUGCUGCAUUUAAAUUCUCUUUCCAUUAUUAUGUGUCUGGAAAAGUCAGAGCAUAUGUGAAAACAAGCCUAUAUAGUGUGCAAAGACUCGACCACAAAUUUCCAAAUGUGAUACGUACUGUGUAGCUGAAUCUGACUGAGACAAAAAUAAUUGGUGUCUGAAUGUGAAAGUCUCCCUUUCCAAAAUAACUCUGCAACAGGCAAUGUUGGGUAUUUUUAAUCGUUGUUACCCUACAACAUUUACUCACGUUAAGAUUCCUGUGUUACUUUAGACUUUACAGCAAUGAUACGCAGUAGUUCAUCUCCAUCUGAUGAACAAUUUGUAACAUGUGAAGUGGCAUGAAACUGAAAUGAAGAGCUAACUUAAAGCAGAAUACCAAAUUCCACUCAAUCUCCAGCCUUAUGUCCAACAUAAUCUUUAUAAUUCCUUUUCUCUUCUUCCUCCACUAUAAAAAGGAGCUGCA